UGAUAUAGUAUACAAAAGAGUGCUGCGCGGAGGGGCUAAAUAUCCACAAGGUGAGCGGUAGUUGCGAAGCGUUUAAACAAUCAGUAUAAUAAUAUUUUUCGUAACACACAAUGUUAAACAGGGCGCCAGUUUUUAUUUUUACCAGGAAAAAAUAGUACCUACCAUGGUCCUGACCGGAAAAAUCAUCAUACGAAUUGUGUUCGCGAUUUGUUUUGUGCUGCUUCUUAUUUCGGAUUAUUCGGGUUUAAUUAAUAAACUCAUCGGAGGAAACAAGACUGAAGAAAACAAACAUACUGCACCGAGACCAACUAAUCCUGGAUAUGGAGACUCAAAGGCAGAUAUCGAUAUCGAUGCAGACAUUGAAGAGGAAUCGGUAAGACAUUUAGCUUCACAGACGACAAGAUCGCAUAUUUUGCAAACCAUUAAAAAUGCGUGUCUACCGAAGCUGAUCUGUGAAUUAACUGCAACUCCACAGAAAGAAAAACUGACGGAGACUGAGAAGUCUUUGCUGAAUUUACUCAGGGAAACAACUAUAAGCACUACGGCCGAAUUGACCUCUAAAUAUCACUUUGCUGCACACAUGGGCCAGCUAAUCGCCGGAGUUGACGGAAAUGGUUGCCAUAACUUUUACCCAACAUGCCCUUUUCCUGGAUUGCAGGUUCUUCAGAUGAUGAAAAAAGUCCGGAUGCGCUGAAACUUUGAUGAAACUCAGGAUGCCAAACUUUAUAUAUUCUGGACCUUAGAACAACUCAGCCCAUUUUCCUGCGAUCGGUCUUUGAAGGACUGAACCAAAGGAAACCUUCACAAAGAAGACGUUUCUCUCUAUUGUAUAAAUUGAUACUUUAACAAGACUCUGUGAUAAAACCUUUUUAAAGGCGAAUCGUAGUUGGGAUGUAAGCAAAAUUAGUUUGUAAAAUAUAGUUAAGUGCAAAUAAAAAUUAAACUGAUC